AUGUACACGUACGACUACUAUGAGAGCAGUACAGAUGGGUUCAUGUCUGAUCCAACGACGGAGUCAUACUACGUCGCCGGGUCCUUAAUGAACGUCACCGGUGUAUACAACGAGUCCUCUGUGUGUGAGAAGAUCAUCAGGCCGGGCAGAGUGUUCAGUAUCGUGGUGAAGGUGGUGUACGCGAUAGGCAUCUUCGGUAACGCGGCGGCCAUCGUGGCUCUGAGACGAGGAGAGAGGAGAGUCAGGAACAGAAAACACUUGCUGCUGCUCACCUCACUGGCUGCCAACGACCUGGUCGCUCUGAUGGGUAUGAUGGGUGCCAUGCUGGUGUCUGAGUGGUGGCCUGGGGCCAACACUACUCGCUGGUACUGUGGGGCGAGGGUGGUGCUGAGGGUGUUCGGAGUGGGCAGCGUGUGUAUAGCGGUCACUAUGGCCUUGGAGAGGUACCUCGCACUCACCAGGCCGUUCCUCUACCAGAAGCAAGUGACGUACUACGUGAUCCGCAUGACUCUGCUCGUGUCGUGGUUCUGGGCUGCUGCUCUAACCUGCGCCCCGGUGCUGGGCGUGGGUCUCUACUACGACCAGACACACCGCUGUUGUCCACGGUAUAGGAUGGCCACCAGUGGCGUGGACUUCGCUUAUGCUGUGUUUUAUGUUAUGUUCGGUACCCUGCUGUGUGCGGUGUUAGUGUACUGUAACCUGGCCGUGAUCCGCGCCCUGUACGCCAUCACAGCUCCCCGGGGCGGAGGUCCGCCGGCCGUCCGUCGCGUGUCCAAGAGCUCGUGUCGUCAGCGCAGCACCCAGCCUCACCACAACGCGGCCACGGCGGAGGAGGUCGCCUUCAGUAGACUCAUGGCCACACUCUCCGUGUUGUUCAUGAUCUGUUGGCUGCCGCAGAUGGUAACGUCAGCCCUGUACCUGUCCCUGGGUCCGUCAGCUCGUCCUCGCCUGCGGCUCCUGUCCUCUCUGUCCGACCUCCUCAUGCUCCUCAACUACGUGCUGGACCCCGUGCUGUACGUCCUCAUGAGACAGAGGAGACACAUCUCCAUCACCGCCCUGUGUCACUCCAUCGCGCACUGCUUCAAACGGAAUCACAAGCAGUCAACGGAGUCCAUGAAGACGUCCUGCUGUGUCCAGGACACGCUCGUGUUGAGUGAGAGCUCCGGGGCUGAGCUGCGGCCGCUCAGGACGCCGACUGUGCCUGUCGCCGCGCUCCUCACCGACCACUGA